ACGGAAGCACCUCUUGCAGGCUGCUGAGGUUUGCCUGCAGCAAAGGCAGCCCCUGAACACACCGAGAGGACGGCGUAGCUAGUUAGCACAAACAGCCGGUAUUUAAAACAGCAAAGGCAGCGUGUGACAUUGAAUUUGAAUGGCUAUAAUUCCCGUGGUGACCGGCUAACUUGCUGCUAAGACGACACAUCUGGGAGGAACCUAAAAGCUGCCUCUCCCAGCCAGCGCCUCGACUCCCCCCCCACCAGAAAUCUCGUCGAGAUGUCAGCUUUCUCUGAGGUGGCUUUAGAGAAGAAACUAUCCGAGCUGAGCAACUCUCAGCAAAGUGUGCAGACGCUGUCGCUGUGGCUCAUCCACCACAGAAAACACUCGAAGACCAUUGUCAAUGUUUGGUUCAACGAACUGAAAAAAGCUCAGGUAUCACGCAAGCUGACCUUCCUUUACUUGGCCAAUGACGUCAUUCAGAACAGCAAGAGGAAAGGACCAGAGUUCACGCAGGACUUUGCACCGAUCAUCGUUGAUGCUUUCAAACAUGUGUACAGAGAGGGUGAGGAAGGCUGUAAGAAACAGUUGGGUCGCGUUUUGUCCAUUUGGCAGGAGAGAGCUGUUUAUGAGAACAACCUGCUGGAUCAGCUCUCGCAAGUCCUAUAUGGAGAAAAGAAGGCUAAGAAGAGGCCAUAUGAAGAGAUCCAACCAGAUGAUGAAGGCUUUGCCUCCCAGAGCUCCCCAGUUGAACCUCCACAGACAGCAGAGUUAAUUCGGGCUCUGCAGGAGCUGGAGAACGCAGCCUCUGGCGACUCGGUGCUGCGUCAGCGCAUCUCCUCCCUUCCUGCUGAGGUGCAGGACACGUCACUGCUUCACAGGAUCACAGAUAAAGAAUCAGGGGAGCGGCUCUCUCGGCUGGUGGAGGAGGCCUGCAUGCUGCUAGCAGACUACAGCGGCCGCUUGGCGGCGGAGAUUGACGACAGGAGGCAGCUCACGCGCACACUAAUGGUCUUCCUGCAAAGCCAGAAGGACGGCUUGGCCCAGAAUGAGCAGAAACUUGAAGAAUACAAACGCAAACUGGCGAGGGUGACCCAGGUCCGGAAAGAGCUGCGAUCGCGUCUCAACAACCUUCCAGAGGGACUCUACAACUCCUCAAAUUGACUCCAGUUCUGACCUCUCACCACAAACACUCCUGCUACUGAAACUUCUCAGCCCAUCUCCUCGAUAUUUGAUCAGUGACCUCGCAGUUGUCUCCUCAGCUGUUCACUUUGGAAGGUGUCUCUGUGCCCCUGUACGAUGACCUGCGGCUCUCAUUCUGUCUUCAGCCGGUUAUUUAUCCACGCAUCUUUUAUGGACUAUAAGCUCUCUUAGUUUUAGAGUUGUACACUGCAGUUUUAGAUCAAUACUCCUCAGACACAGGCCUCUCAUGCUUUUGCUGUUGCCAUCUCACUUCUGCAGCUUUAAAUGGUGUGGAUGAUGCUGGUGUCAUAUUUUUGUAUUUAUAGCGACUGGAGAUAAUGCACCAGAGUGUGUCCCUUUAGUUUGAUCAUUCAUAAUAAUUUGCAGCAUUUCAGGUUGCUAUUGUAACUUUACUUUUGCUCUUUUCGGUUGUUGGUUAUACGUUGUUGCAGCAGCUGUUCAGCUUCAAUCAUUGCUUUUAUGCAGUGUAAUAAUGGCCUGUUUUCUGAAGCUGAGUAGAAAGCCAUGAUCCUUAAAGCAAACCAAUAUAUGUAAUUAUCAUUUACAUAAAGCCUGUUUGUGAAAGGUGGUGUGUACAUAUUUCUGUUUGCAUGGAAUACAGUGGAGUUACACCUGC